AGUCUGAUCAUACCUUAUCUUCUCCUAUAAAUUGAACCCUCAUCUUAAAUUCGUUAAGCAUUUCAAAUCAUCUACCAUUUUCUUGGCCGUUUUAAAUUGGAGUUUUAUCUUAAAAGGUACUGACCUUAUACUAUUUAAGUUUUUAUUCGUGGCGCCGGUUCUUUCGACUUGUCAUCAUUGGAACAAAGAAAAUAAUUGUAAAUGUGCAGGAGAUGUAGAAAGAGGAUCAGCUUCAUAUUAAACAAUAUGGAGUAAAGAUUUAACUAAAAGGACAGGAAUCGCAGCUAACAGAAAAGAAUGCAAUCAUCCAUUUUAUAGUCAGAAACUGAAGUUGGAAGAUUUGGUGGAUGGAAGAUGGCAGAACUUUUUGUAAAUUUCUGGCCUUUACUUGUCAGCAGCCUGUUGUUCAUUGUUUUUCUUGUGAAAUAUAAGAAAUAUGGUAGCAGUACUCGAGAGAAGUGUAAGUUGCCUCCGGGAGGAAGAGGUUGGCCGAUUGUUGGAGAUAGUAUCAGUUGGUACAAUGCUGUUGCAAGUUCUCAUCCGCCUAGUUUCGUCGAGAAACAGGUUGAAAGGUUCGGAAAAAUAUUCUCGUGCAGUCUGUUUGGUAAACAGGCGGUGGUAUCAGCUGAUCCAAUGUUUAAUCGAUUUGUAAUGCAAAAUGAAGGCAAACUAUUCCAGUCGUGCUAUCCAAAAUCUUUCAGAGACUUGGUGGGGAAAAAUGGGGUGAUCACAGUACAAGGGGAGCAUCAAAGGAAGCUUCAUUCUAUCGCCUCCAACCUGAUGCGGUUAGACAAGCUCAAGUCCCAAUUCUUGCACGAUAUACAAAUAGUUAUGCGCGAACUCUUCAAUAAUUUGCACGACAAACAAGUCAUUCUACUGCAAGAUGUCUGUAGAAAGAUAGCCAUUAACUUGAUGGUUAAUCAACUGCUGGGUGUGUCGUCUGAAUCAGAGGUGAACGAGAUUGCUCAGUUGUUCUCUGAUUUCGUUGAUGGUUGUCUUUCCGCUCCUAUCAAUUUGCCAGGAUUCUCUUAUCACACUGCAAUGAAGGCACGUGAAAGUAUAAUAAGCAAGAUCAAUAGUUCAAUAAAGAUCCAUCGAAAACAAUCCUCUCCAGCAAUUGGCAAUGGUGUACUGAGAAGGCUACUAGAGGAAGAAAGCUUACCUGAUGAUGCUGUUGCAGACUUUAUUAUUAACCUCCUUUUUGCUGGCAACGAGACGACUGCUAAGACCAUGCUUUUUGCUGUUUAUUUCCUCACUCAAUGCCCCAGAGCCAUGAAGCAAUUGCUGGAUGAGCAACAGAGUCUAAGGAGCCAAAGGAGUAUCUUGGAUGGAGAGAUGCUCGAAUGGCAAGAUUAUAAAGCUAUGUCUUUUACUCAAUGUGUAAUAGAUGAAACUCUUCGACUGGGAGGCAUUGCAAUUUGGUUGAUGAGAGAAGCUAAAGAAGAUAUAGAAUAUCAAGAUUAUGUAAUUCCCAAAGGAUGUUUUAUAGUUCCUUUUCUUUCGGCUGUCCAUUUGAAUGAAAAUAUAUACGGGGAUGCUCUCACUUUUAAUCCUUGGAGAUGGAUGAUUCCAGAAAAUCAGGAGAAGAGGAAUUGGAGAAGUAGUCCAUUUUUUGCUCCGUUCGGUGGAGGUGCACGAUUUUGUCCAGGUGCUGAGCUGGCUCGACUUCAAAUUGCAAUGUUUCUUCACUAUUUUGUCACUACGUAUAGGUGGAAGCAACUCAAGGAUGACAAGAUGUCUUUCUUUCCAUCAGCUCGAUUAAUGAAUGGCUUCCAAAUCCAAUUAAGCAAAAUAUGGCCUGAUCACAUCAAUGUGAAGUAAAUUAGUUGCAGCAAUGUAUAAUACAAAAUUCUAUGUCAUUGUUUCUCUCUUCUUGUUCUCUAAGUUAUUUUGAAUUUGUGUGUUAUUUGUGUACUAAAAGAAAGCGUUUCCAUGUAAAG